AUGUGGGUCUUAUUAGUCAUGUUGCUGUUGAUAUUUUUUCUUCUUAAGGAAAAAAGCAAAACUAUUAUUUUAGGACCUAAACGUUUGCCGUAUGUUGGAAACCUUUUCUCCGUCUUAUUGGAGUUAAAAAAGGCAAAAUACCAUCACACUCUUUGGAAAACUUGGUCGAUGAAAUAUGGAAAUUUGCUUGGACUGAGACUUGGGUCUAUAAACAUUGUGGUUGUGUUUGGAAAGGAAAUGAUAAAGGAAGUAUCCUCCAGGGACGCUUUCGACGGGAGACCAGACGGGUUUAUGUACACUUUACGUUCUUUCGGGAAAAAGCUUGGUAUCGUCUUUAAUGAUGGUCAUUCGUGGGCUAAAACGAGACGGAUAGCUUUGAAAUAUUUUAAGAGCUUCGGUUAUGGAUCACGACAUAUGGAGGAACAUAUUUCUGGAGAGUGUAAGGAGCUCGUGAAAAUUCUCAGUAGAACUAAUGAACCACUACUAGUAAACAAUAUGUUUGAUGUAGCAAUUGUCAAUGUAAUAUGGCAACUAGUGGCUGGCAAAAGAUUGUUACAGAAAGUCAUCGAAGAACACAGAACCACUCUUGAUUUAGACAACCCUAGAGAUGUGAUAGACUCUUUUUUAAUAGAAAUGCAUCAAAACAAAGAAAAUUCAUGUAAGUAUAUAACAGAUGUUACAGGGGAAGAACUACAAGUUGUUUGUCUGGACAUGUUCGAGGCUGGCGUGGAGACAGUAAAAAAUACAAUGGUCUUCAUGCUACUCUACCUGGUUCGUGAACAAGAAGUUCUGAGACGGCUGCAAAUAGAAAUUGAUGAGGUCGUUGGGAAAGAUAGAACACCGACUUUAUCGGACAGAUCGAAGCAAUUCAGAAUGAUAUACACAGAAGCGGUUAUAUUGGAAACAUUGAGAAUAACGAGUGUAGCACCGGUUGGAAUACCGCACAUGGCAUUAGCUGAUACACAACUAGGAAACUAUAACAUACCAAAGCAGGGUACUUUCAUAUUGUUUGGCUUACAUGACCUCCAUAACGGGAGCCGCUGGAAAAAUCCAAGCGAAUUCAGGCCAGAAAGAUUCCUUACAAAUGAAAGUAAUCUAAUGCAUGACGAAUCGCUUAUGCCUUUUGGCUGUGGUAAGUUUUUUUCAGGUAAAAGACGGUGUAUCGGAGAAAAUUUAGCUAAGUCUGAGUUAUUCAUGUUCAUCACUCAUAUACUGCAGAAGUUUAACUUAAGAGUACCUGAUGGCGACCCUCUUCCAACUGCUGAGCCUUUAGAUGGCCUAACUCUGUCUGCCAAACCUUUCAAGUUACUAUUUCAACAAAGAAAUUGA